AUGGGAAACUACAGGUUCAAGCUCGCUAAUAUGCUGCCAAGCUGUUGGCUCUCUAAGCUCAAAAACACAGCCAACAGAAGUAAAACUAAAGGACCAAUCAUUCAGAACUCCAUUAACAAAAAUGAAGCUCCAACAACUCCUCCAAAAGCUUCACCAACAAAGCCAUCCUACCGCACAAACAGACCAUCCUACUACAUCCCAAGCCAAUCCCGAGCAGAAGACAAACUCUUCCAUUUACCACUGAAGCCAAUACGCACAAAGCCCAAAAGCAAGAAAGACAACAAAAAGUCGCCAUUGAUGAACUCACCACGGCUUGCAAGGAAGAGAGUUCAAGCUUUGAGUAAACGCAAACAGAGGAAGGAGAGGUUGAAGGAGAGCAUAGCGGUGGUGAAAUCUUCUUCAGAUCCUCAGAAGGAUUUCAGAGAGUCAAUGGUGGACAUGAUAUUGGAGAAUAAUCUUCUGGCUUCUAAGGAUUUAGAGGAUUUGCUUGCUUCUUACUUGUCUCUGAAUUCACGUGAGUAUCAUGAUAUGAUUGUUGAGGUUUUUGAAGAAAUUUGGAAUGUUCUUAGUACUGAAAUUAUAUUGUAG